CGAUAUAUCAAUUUAUAUUUUAUGUUUAGUCAUUAUUGACAAAAUUCGAAACUUUUCUGGAAGUUUUCUGGGAUAGGCGAGAGCAAUAAAAGCAGCCGCAUUCGGUGAGACGGCAUAUUUUCAAUUCAACAACGGAACCACAAGAACACCAUGGAGUUUCCACAUUUGGGCCAGCAUUGCAGCGAGCAAACAUGCAACAGAUUGGAUUUCCUACCUGUUAAGUGUGACUCAUGCGACAAAGUAUUUUGCGCCUCCCACUACAACUACAAUCGUCACAAUUGUCCCGGAGCAUACAAGAAAAAUGUCCAGGUACCCAUCUGUCCGCUGUGUCAUGAGCCAGUGCCCACGGCGCCUGGCGUGGAGCCCGACCUAACAGUUGGCCAGCACAUUGACAAGCAAUGCAAAUCGGAGAGCAAGAAAAUCUAUACAAAUCGCUGCCAUGCCAAAGGUUGUAAGCGCAAGGAACUCAUUCCUGUGAAGUGCACACAGUGCCACUUGAAUUUCUGUCUACGUCACCGCCAUACCAGCGACCACGAAUGCAGGCCGAACGAGCCCACGCCAGCAGCGCCCAGUGGGUCCAGCGUUUUCCAAUCAAUAUUCAGGCCAUCCACUGACACGCGUUCGAUGGCGGCCAAAGCGGCGGAAAGUCGUCGUCAGAAUAAGCCAGCAAACAAUCUGUUUAACUCAAAUCCCAGACCAAGACCAGUGCAGGCCACACAAGUUCAAAAUAUACAGGGGAAUAUGACUGAAGACGAGGCUUUGGCACGUGCGCUAUCCUUAUCAAUAAUGGAGCAGGAUGAUGCUGCGGAACAGGAACGUAACCGCCAGGCACCAGCGCAGAAUAAUGCACCGGCUGUGACUGUGGGCGGUCAGCAAUCAAAUGCCAAGGACAAAUGUUCGCUCUCCUAGUUACUGCCGUCUACAAAACUCGCCGACAUAUCUAUCACUUGACCAGCAGCAAGGAUGCUGCCCACACAAUUACCUAAUAUUAGAAAAUAUUUCAAACUAUUUGCAUAUUGUUAUUGUAAUGUUUGUUUGAUAAUUUACUUCGACUUCGUCACAUUCUACGUGGUUUUAGCAAAAAUAAAUCAAUGUUAAUUCUA